AGAUUGAAAGGAGGUUCCAAAUUUAGGAAACAGAGAAGAUAAUAGGAAGCUGUCGGCGAAACCCCAGACUGUCCCCACUCCUAUUUAUAUACAAAACCCCUUUUCAUUCUCAUCCCAUCUUCUCCCACUCACUCUUCUCCAAUGCCUGCCCACGCGCCUCCAAUCAACAAACACUCUCCGCCGCCGCCCAAACCCAAGCCCAAAGAGGCCCAUUUCAGAGGCGUCCGCAAGCGCCCCUGGGGCCGCUUCGCCGCCGAGAUCCGCGAUCCCUGGAAAAAGACCCGAAAGUGGCUCGGAACCUUCGACACCGCCGAGGAAGCCGCCAGGGCUUACGACACCGCAGCCAGAACGCUCCGAGGGCCCAAGGCCAAAACCAACUUCAACUACGUCGUUGCUCCCGCGGUGCUCGCUGCCCCUGAAUCUCAGGCCCCAGCCCAUGACCCACUCGCCACACCGGUCGAGUUCUGGGGCCUUCCGUUGUUCUUCACCACGGAUGCAGCUUCCGGGACGCCGGUGAGGUCCGAGUACAAGGGUUACAAGUUGGAGAACAUUGCCGGUUUUGUGGUUACCAAGGAGGAGGAGAAGAAGCCGUUUUUGUUCGACCUUAAUCUGCCGGCGCCGCUAUUCUGAAGCCGCCGGCGAAAACGUCGGCGGUGAUGGCCUAGUGUUUUUCUUUUAUAUAUUUUUCUUUGAAUUUUGUUUAUAUGACUUGUUUUGGGUGCUACAUGGCCAUUGUUGUGAUGUUGUACAGUUCAGAUUAUAGGUUUUGAGCAACAUUUUGAUUAUCGCGGUAGAAACCAGCUGGGGAAUAUGUUUACAGUUGAUUUAGCUAUUUGUUUGUCGUUUGUUGCAUCCUUGGAUUAUCACUGAACCUAUGUUAGUACGUACAGUUGCAUAUGCAAGUCCAGGUUUUAUAUAUGUAUCUCGAACUUCUAAAUGUAAA